UUUGCAUAAUUACCUUGGUGACGAAGGGACGAAAGGGAAUAAAAGUAAGUGAAAAUGAAUGAAAGGUUCAAGGUGAGAAGAAGUGAAACAACAGCUGGUUCCUCCAAGGUAGGAAUAGUGAUCUUCAAGCUUCUGUGAUGUUUUUUUUAAUCUGUUUGCCAUCUGUAUACGUACAGUAAUUAGACCUGGGAGAUUUAGAAGAUUAAAAACGUUCAUUUCCAAAAAUUGCUCAUCACUCAAACCGUUUAAAUAGAUUUUUAUGAUGGAUUUAAAAGCAUCAGUAUGCAAAAAUUAAACAAGUUUGUUCUUGUACAAGAGUCUCAGGAAUUUCGUCUUGUGAAAAUAACAACUGCACCAAGUUAACAGGUUUGGUACAAUCUUUAUUCCCAGCAUGAAGAAGACACUGCUGUUCGUGUUCACUCUAUCAGGGCUGUCUGCUCAGUCUGCAGUCUUCACAGAGUACCACUAUGUCCAGGUGAUGAAGACCUGGCUCGAAGCUCAGAGUUACUGCAGGGAGAAGUUCACUGACCUCGCCACCGUAUCAAAUCCAGAAGAAAACGCCCGAAUGACGAGUGCACUGCGGGACCCUGGGAGCAACGCGUGGAUCGGCCUCCUCGACGACCUGAAAGGAUGGAGGUGGUCGCUGGGGGAUGUAGACUUAAGUGAUGAGUUUGUUUACUGGAAUACAGACAGGCCGGACCUGAAGAGCAUAAACGAGACGUGCGCGGUGAUGAGGGCCGACGGGCUUUGGGCUGACAGAGAGUGUACGGAUACGUACCCAGCAGUGUGCUACGACGAAAAACAUCCUUCUAAGUUCAUUUUGGUGACGGCGGGGACGACCUGGCACGAGGCCCAGGCGUACUGCAGAUCCAAGUACACCGACCUCGCCAGCGCGAGGACCAUGUCCGAGAACGAGGACAUCCACUCGGUGGUGACAGACUACACCUGGAUCGGCCUCCGCAGGAACACCUGGGCUCACUGGUCCGACCGGAGGCCCAGGACCUUCACCAACUGGGACCGGAGCCAGCCCAGCCAGGGAAGGCAGGCGGGGAGCUCGUGCGCCGCCGUCAGCACGGCCGCGGGAACGUGGCGGGAGGCGGGCUGCGACACCGAAAGCCCUUUCGUGUGCGAAAAGGUCUACACGCGGAAGCAACAAGCCUUCAAGUUGACGUUCCGGUCCAAGGCCGACAUGAACGACGACGCCGCCGCCCAGCAGCGGCUUUUGGAGCAGCUGCACGCCCAGCUGGAGAAACACGGCCUGUCGGACUUUAAACUCCGCUGGACCCAGAGGGAUGGGCAGACUUUUCAUAAGGAACCCGAGAAGAAGAAGAAGAAAUCUAAAGGGUCAUGUGGCUGAAGGGCCGUUGGAGAGCGGACAUCAUCUCAACAGCAUCGCGAUCGCUUUGUUUCAUAUUUUACUUCCAUAUUUAUUAUUCUAUGCCAUCAGUGAUGAAAUGACGUCUGUGUGUUAAUAUGUUUGGUUGCAUGCUGUGUAACACAAUUCUCUGUCUGAUUUCCUCACCCGCUGUGAAUAGAUCUUUUAUUUGACCUUUUUGCUGUUAAUAAAUACAGACUUUCUGCUUGUAACUUUAGAGCGUGUACGGAGGAUUGAAACUGCUGUCAAAUUACAUAGAAUUUUCUUUUUUUCAUAUUUAUAUUUAAUGUUUUUUGUGUAAUGUUUUG